CCUUCUCUCGGUCUCGGUCUCAGUCUUAGUCUCAGAUUCAGUUUCUGGUUGGGUUCUCCGAUCCGAAGACCGUAGGCCGUGGGCCGCAGCCCGCAGACAGUAGACCGUAGACCAUAGCCACUCCAGCGGGCCAGAGGCGAACGCCUGCUUCGAUCGAGGGGCAGUCGCUACCGGCAGCUCGGCAGCGAUCGUCGCCGUCGCCGUCGCAGUCUCAGUCUCAGUCGCUGUCGCAGUCACAGCCAGCUAGCUAGUCACAUUCGUCGACGAUCCCAAACAAAGCGUCAGAGCGGCCCAGAGCCCCAUAGACGUCGAAACGGAGUGCGGACAAAGCGGUUCGAGGUUCGAGGUAUUAGGUUCGCUGGUUCGCUGGUCCGCUGGUCCGUUGGUCCGCUGCCAUUGGUUCAUCGGUUCACUCGCGGGCCGCAAGGCGGUGCAGACUGACAGCCGGCUGUUAAGGUAAUUCGCUAAUUUCCCGCGAGGAAAAGCCCCUUUGAACUCGGCCCGGGAAGUCGUGCGCGAGUGUUUCGAAAGCAAAAUCGCAACAGUGCGAGUAAGUGCGCAAUUUGUGUGACAGCCGAAAAAAAUAAGCGGGGCGAAUGAACGAAUGGCCACAGCGCGACAUUGGGCGUGAGGCACAAACAAAUGUACUGUCACAGAAACCAGUGCCAAGUGUCAAGCGAUUGGCCUGAACCCACGCGAUAAGACCAGCUAAUCCGGAAAAGCAAUCCAUCCAACCAUCCAUCCACCAUUCGUCAUGCACACCUUCAAGAGGGGCUUCUUCUGCUCGGACCUGAGCAUCCGCUAUCCCUACAGGGAGUGCACCAUCACGGUGCCGAUGCUGCUGCUGCUGAUGCUGCUGCUCCCGAUGCUCUUCGUGGCGGUGGUGGAGGUGAUGCGCAUCUGCAAGCGCUUCCGCAUGCGGCUCUAUCUGCGCAAUUUGUGGCGCGCGGAGGCGACCUUCAGCUUCGGCUUCGUGGCCACCUAUUUGACCACGGAGCUGGCCAAGCACGCGGUGGGUCGACUGCGACCCCACUUCUUCCACGGCUGCCAGCCGAGGCUGGACGACAACAGCAGCUGCUCCGACCCGCAGAACGCCGAUCUGUAUGUGGAGCAGUUCCACUGCUCCAAUCCCAACCUCUCCAUGCGCCAGAUCCGCGAGCUCCAUGUCAGCUUCCCGAGUGCGCACAGUAGCCUCAGUUUCUACUCCAUGCUCCUGCUGGCCCUCUACGUCCACGGCGUGUGGCGCGGGCGGGGAGGGGUGCGUGUCCUGCGCCACGUCCUCCAGUUCCUGCUCCUCAUGGCCGCCCUCUGCGUCUCGCUGAGCCGGGUGGCCGACUACUGGCACCACUGGUCCGACGUCCUGGCGGGCGCCCUUCUGGGCAUGACCUAUGCCAUCCUCACCGCCGCCUACGUGGGCGACUUAGUGCGCCGCCAUCCUCGUUCCUCUGGCAGCCACUUGCCCCCCUCCCUGAGCUACAGCCACCACCUGCACCACCACCACCAACUGAUGGCGGACAACAACAACUCGCCGGCCUCCGCCAAGGUGCACUUCCUGGCGGCGGCCGCCUCGAUGACCACCACCACGCCGCUGGACGACAUCCAGGACUCGGAGGUGGAGGACUCCAGGGAAGAGUCCGAGGUCUCAAACGAUUCACACGACUCCCAAGAGGAGGAGGAGGAGGAGGAGGAGGAGGAUGACUACAAAGCACAGCUGUCGCGCCCCUCCACUCCGCCCAGUGACCUGACCCACGUCGUCUGAGACACUGAGCCACCAAGCCACCAAGACACUAAGCUGGAAAAGUGGCGGACGGGGAAAUAAUCAGGCUUAUCGGCCUGCCGGCUGCUAUUUCGACUAUUUUUCCAUUUAGAAAUCGAAGCGAACAGAAAUAUGUGAUAAGCGCGCGGCGCACUCUCUACCUGAUAUGCCACUGUCCACCCCCCACCACCGAACCACCACCCACCUUCCAACCACCCACAAGCAAUGCCCGGCGGUUUUCGAAAUCCAAAGCGAUCGGUUGUGCAACUUAGCACCGAUCCGGGAAAUCGGUUCGGCCUUUGAAUGAUAGGAAUUUUUUGGCCAAGUGUUUCGCCAAAAGUAUCCACUGCUGAUACGGCAAGAGACGUAUCUCUCUUCGGUGGCUACUGGCUGCCGCCGCAACUUGUUUGUUUGUAAACAAUGCCGCAGUCACGUCGCAGUCGCAGUCGCCGCCGCCGCCGCUUUUGAAGUGGCCAGCCCGCCAACGUGGAGCUCCCAAUCAGCAGCGACAAUCUCUGGGCAGCGACGUCGACUGCAGUGCUCCACGCUGCUGGCCGAUAAUGCAUUAUAGCAUUAUACCAUAUAGUAGAAACGCCCGACACGAGGAUGGAUGCGAGGAGAGGCGCGAGAUUUAUGGACAAAUCAAUUAAGUCGAGUUUAAUUUUAUUAUUUGUUUUAUGUUAAUUUUGUUUGGCUCUCCACGGAGUUUAAGGCUUAAUCUAAGUGUUUGCUGCACAGGCUGAAUAAAUAUUUAUUGCCCAUGUGA